AUUGCUGAGCCUGUUGGUUUGCCUCUGUUUGCUGUGUGUGAAUACGGUAGUCGGGGUAGGCUAUGUAGGUGUAAGACCUCCCUCACGAAAUAAAUGUUAUUACAAGAAUAUCAAGGACGCUCAUUUCAGUUACGACAGAGAGGAUUUUUGCGAGGGCCCUUAUGAAUGAGUGCAAUGUGAACAGAUGUUGGACAACUUGUGGCUCCAAAGAAAGACAAUCGCCCAUUAACAUAGAAACAAGAAAGGCCAGGUCCUUAAAACAUUACCGCGGAGACAUUAAUUUAGAGGGUUGUGACACAAGAGUGAAAGCCAAAAUCUACAACAAUGGACAUUCACCGCAUUUCGAUGUGAAUAAAAAAGAUCAAGGGAAAAUAACCCUUACCCAUGUUGCACACAGAGGAAAAAAGACGUACAAUUUCGCUCAGCUGCACAUCCAUGUUGGCAAAGAGAGGAGUAAGGGUUCAGAACAUUCUAUAAACAACAAAUUCUAUCCAAUGGAGGCUCAUAUGGUGUUUUAUGACACGGAGUACAAAAAUAUUACAUACGCUAAGUUCAGGCCAGAAGGAUUAGUUGUCCUAAGUGUUAUGAUAAAAGUACAAAGUGAUGAUGAUAAUGUUGAAGAGGAAGAAGAUGAAUAUGGCCAUAUAAGAGACCAUGAAGACAUUUGUAACAACGGCAACGACGAAGACUAUGCACGUUAUUACAAAAGAAGAUGCUACAAAGGGCAUCGUCGUUGCAAAGUGAGGUUUGCCAAAACACUGAGUGAAAUAAUGACGACAUACUUCAAGAAGAUAAGAAACUAUAAUGGUGAAGAAUUUAAAAUAGAAAAACCGGAAACACAUCCGCCUUGUAAUCCAGAGAAACUUCAGCAAGACUUCAUAAAAGAACACUGUAUAAGAAAAGGUGAUCAUAAACAUAAGAAAGUGUCAGUAUGUGGAAUAUCACCUCUAGACGUCCUUCCCUAUGACCGUAAAUUUUAUACAUAUAAGGGUUCCUUAACCACGCCACCGUGUUAUGAAACUGUGCAGUGGAUAGUUCAUAAAUGUCCAAUAAAAGUGACUCGUGAGGCGUUUCAAGCAUUAAGAGAUGUUCAGGAUUCUCACCAUGAUCCGUUAUCAGACAUGGGAAUAAGGAGACCGUUACAGGAAAAUAAACAUCCUGUUUUCAAAAACUUCUAGAGAUAAUGGAGUAAACGUGAGAUAUCACCUUUGACGAUAUGGGUAUAUUGUGAGACAAUGCAUCUAAAAACUGUAUAUUUAAGUAUGAUUGCAAUGAUGCAAAUUCUAGUUCUUUAUUUUAAAUAUUUUAAAAACGAGUGAAGUGCCGAUGCAUA